UCCAGAUAUUGAUUUUGUUGUACAAAAAUAUUAAAUGGAUGUACACUCGUUAUAGCUUAUAACUCAUAACACUGAGCUAAAAUUUAUAAUCAAUAUUGUUAUGCAUGUAAUGUUAUAAUUAGGGACGGGAAUCGUAUCCGAAAUCGGUAUCCGGAUAACCGUAUCGUCUAUCCGAAUAUAUCCGGAUAUCCGUAUUCUUUUCACAGUCGUGGUCAUGUGAUUUAGGCACACAUGACACAAUGAGUCGCAUCCUAGAUCAGCCAGCCCGGAAGAUGUUCCUCACCCAUCUGACACACUGCAGGCACUGCGCAGGCUCGACUGGAAACAGUGGUGCCUCGCCUGAGAGUCCAAGCCAAACGUGGUCUGCGGAAUAUGAGGGCAAAACAAUAGAGUUCUCCAUGGUCACUACUCAAGGUGUAAUCAUUGAGACAAAGGACUCAUUUGACAGCAUAUUGAUAGACGAUGGAACAGCUAUUGCUCUUGUUAAAGGAUGUCACAAAAUAGCACAGCAGACACAAACUGUCCAGGCCAGCAAAGGCCAGUAUGUGAUGGUAGUGGGACAGCUUCUGCGGACAGGCAGCGUUCCCGUUAUCCGCCCUUUCAAGAUACAGAACCUCGGACACAACGCUGAAAUGGCAACCAUGUGGCCACUUGAGGUCAUAGAUGGCAUGAACCCAAAUGUACUGUGAUGUGUGGGUUUGUGUUUGUAUGAAUUUGUUUCAUGUCAUUUUAAAUGAAAAUAGUCAUUUAUACUUCUCGAGCUGGUCUAUCAAUCACGUCGUCCAUGUUAGUUAAUGUGAUAGUCAAAAUGGUUAUGUGAUAUGUGUGUUUAUUGGAAAUUCAUUGUUAAAUGUUCAUUUCCUGUAAUUGUGUUCAUGUUUUGUUUUACAAUUAAUUUGAUAAAAAAAAUAUAUGAACAGUUAUAAA